GCCGGAAGCAGGACGCGCGCGAGGUUGUGCCUCUCCCGCCGCCGCACCGGAAGAGGGAGGUGCGCGCGGCGCCACGCCCCUCCCCGUACCGGAAGGGGAAGGCGCGCGGCAAAGGUGCGGCCCGGCAGCGGCUCCGUGGGUUCAGCUCCGGUCCCCAGUUUCCGGCUCGACGCCUUUCGGAGCGGGCCCGGCGGCCAGUGGUGGGGAGCCGGCCUCGGAGCCGCCUCGGCAGCACCGGAGGGGACCCGGCGUCGCCGCCCCGCAGGCGGGCGGGAUGGAGCUGGACGAGCUGCUGCUGGAUGAGGAAGGCGCCUUCUCCCUCAGCGGCUUCCAGGAGUUUACGUUCCUGCCUAGGCACCAGCAGCUGAGCGAGAGAGUGCGGAAGCGGCUUUAUUAUGGCUGGGACAAAGACUGCAGCCUGGAUAAUCUUUCAAGCCCCGUGGCAGAUAUUGCUGUGGAGUUGUUGCAGAAAGUGGCUCCCAGCCCUAUUCGCAGACUCCAGAAGAAAUAUGUAUCUCACGUAUCUCGGGAAGCUUGCAUCUCGCCCUGCUCCAUGAUGCUGGCACUGGUUUACAUUGAGAGACUUCGGCACCGGAACCCUGAAUACCUUCAGCAGAUCUCAUCUUCAGACCUCUUCCUGAUCUCUAUGAUGGUUGCUAGUAAGUACCUGUAUGAUGAGGGUGAGGAGGAGGAGGUGUUCAACGAUGAGUGGGCCGCAGCAGGAAAGGUAGAAGUCCAGACCAUGAACACACUGGAGAUGAACUUCCUGAGCGCCAUUGACUGGAGCCUCUACACAGACCCCCGGGAGCUGUUUGAAGUGCUGAGCUGGCUGGAAGGACGUGUGGCAGAAAAGCAGGGCAUGUGGCGUGGCUGGUUCACCUACACGGAUUUGUGUGUCCUCAUGGAGCAGUCCAUGUGGCAGCACGUGCUGGGCCAAUUCUACCAACAAGUGGUGAAGCUGGCCUGCCUCCUGGGUGUUGUGUACCUGACGAGCUUUGCUGCUGUCUUCGCCUCCGUCGCCGUGGUGCACCGAUCUGUGUGCAUGAGGAGUGCCAGCCCUGCAGCCCCUCGGCCCGUGCUUUUCCCUGGGGAGGGCAGCUGCCAGCUGCAUGCUCAGACAGCCCCAGCCCCUGACCAGCCCCAGCCCGAGCUGCCUGAUGUCUCCGCAGCCAGCAGUACCCGUUGCCUGCGGGAGAACGAAACGACCGAGGAGCCACAUCGUGGGGGUGUCACGGCCACUGCGCUCUACCUGUGGGGCAGUGUGAUGACAGCUCUGUCCUACCCAAAGGCACCUGAUCUAGCCCAACACAGGAGCCCCCUGCAAGGCCCCUUCCGGAAAGUACCCAGUGCCUGUGAGAGAUCCAACCGAACCACCCCCACUGCCUCCCCCAGCCAGCCUGGCCCCUUCGGACUCGCCAUGCUCUCAGUUCCUCCUGUGCUCCACUGCCAUGCCUGCUCAGCCAGUGCAGGGCCCCCAUGGGAUGCAGCCCCCAACCGCAAGGACUGGCUGGACCCCCUGGGGCUGAGGCAGUGCUCCUUGCACACUGCCUUGGAUCUCGGCAGAAUCAAGAGCUUCAUUUUUCCCAGCUAGAAGCAUGGGGCAGCAGCCCCUUUCACCAUCCCUCCUAGUGUGGCACAACUCACUUCUUUGCACUGCUGCGACCACUGAUCCUUGGGGCUGCACAGAUCUGGAGAUCCCUGUGUUACUUCCAAACCAGCAUUUGUGUCCCACUGCCCAGGGCAGGGCUGUCCUUCACUUUGGGGCUGCUGGGACAUGUUGAGGCAGAGUUGGCUUGCUGUUGGGGUGCUGGGGUGCGAACCUGUUAGCUGAAGGGUAGAAAUGGGGUGCCAUUGGGUUGGCAUGUUAGGGCAAGGGGAGUGUUGUACCUCUUCCUGCAGUGAGUGAGUGGCCCUUGGUGGUGCUGGGCAGAGGUGAUGUGUGGGAUGUAGGAUGCUGGGGCUGUGUGGGCAGGGUAGAGGGGCUGGGGCAGUGACCCCAGUGGAGGGGUGGGGUGCCUGGGCAAGGGGAGAGGAGGUAGAAGUAGGGGGGCACAAGCAGCCCGAGCUCACUGGCCACAGCAAUUCCCCUUGGGAGCUGCUAGGCCACUUCUCAGGAGGCACAAGGGUCACACCAAGAAGAGACCCCAACUUGGCUGCGCCCUGGGGAAAGGUUAGUUCCCUACUGGGCUUUGGAGGUGGUGAAGUGCAAAGACUGAGCUUCCUUAUCUUGCUUGUGUUGGGUGCUUUGAAACUGGGGUGCUCUGUGACUCCAUCCCAAAUCCCAGCUGCCUGUGGCUGUGAGCAAGGAAUGUCUGACUGCUCCAUGGGCAGGUAGACGGUACCUUGUCUUGCUGACCAGCCCGUCUCAUCAUGCCCCUUCUUUUUACUGUGGGUUUUACACCUGUUUUUCACUCUUUUGUAGAUGCAAAUCUCUUCCAAUAAAAGUAGUUCUUGUUGUGCACCUA